UGCAUACGCCCCACCGGAAAUACGUACUUAUUCUAGAAACCCAGGAAACAGAGCUGUAGAUCCAAGAAUGGUUAUAGAAAUCGGAAAAACAGAGAACCUCGAUAGUUUAAAUAAUCUAGCGGAAGUGUACUUUUCUGCGCAGACGAAUAUUCAAAUUUAUUUGACAUUUAAAGUGUACGGCAGGAUGGCACCCGCGCAAUGCUCGCAUUGCGCAAUUUCAUUUGGAACGGCACCUCUUUAUACCCAUUUGUUAGAAAUACCGGUAUUCCGAAUCAUCGAAUUAUUGGCUUACUAA